AUGCAGGAACAGAAAGAAGAUUAUAAAAAUCAAGAAUCUCCAGAAUUACAAGAAAAAAUUGACGAACAACAAAAAGAAAUUUUACAAUUAAAGAAAGAAAACGCAGCUUUAAAAGACCGCUUAAGGUCUGUAAAUAUGAGGAACAUCAAUAGGAAUUUAAAAAGAAAAACAAAAACAAUUGAAAUUUUAAAGGAAGAGGUGAAGGUUUUAAAACAGAAAGAAAUGAAUAAAAAAAAUACAAAAGAGGAAAAAGGUGUCCAAUGUAACACUUUUAAAACAUAUGUCAAAAAUAUUAAAAAAGAAAUGGAUCUUUUAUUAGCAGAGAAAGAAAAUAAUGAAGAAAAAUCACAAGACUUUGUACAGGUAGAAAAAAAUUUAGAUUUCAAAGAUAUGUCUAAAGGAAAACCUUUUAAUUUUAAAUUAAGAAAUUUAUAUUAUAUUUUUAGAAGCCAUAAUGUUGGCAUUGUACAUAUUGCACCUAUUAUUGAAGCUGUUUUAAAGUUGUUUGAUAUUAAUGUAAAAAAUUUACCGAGCAAAAGUACGGCAGCUGUGUUGAGUAGUGAAAUGGGUGUUGUUGCCAGAAAUCAACUAAAUGAAACUCUUUUAACUUGUACAAAUACAACAAUGCAUAGAGACGCAACGACUAAAAAAGGCAAACAUUUUUAUGGCGUAAAAUUUAACACAGGAGAGAAAAUUUUAACAGCAGGUGUGAGAGAAGUUUGUAAUGGAAAGAGUGAGACAUAUGUCAAUUGUACAAAAGAGAUUAUAAAUGAUUUAUCCUCUAGCAAAAAUGAUGCUUCAAAUAUUUUAAAUUCAGUUUACUGUUUUAUGACAGACAGAAGCGCAACAGAACAAAAAGUAAAUGAUAUUUUAAGCAAAGAUAUUUCACAUACUGUUCAUUCUUUUAAAUGCUGCAUUCAUCCACUUUUACAGUUCUCAGAAGUGUGCUUUGCAGAGGCUUUUAAUAUUGAGAAGGAGUUAGAAGUUAAUUUUAAUGGGUAUUCAAAUUCAUUGAAAGAACCUUUUAUUUUGUUUCUUUUAAGAAAUGUUUCAAAGUUUUUUUACAAAGAUGGUGCUGGGGAUCCAAACAUUUCAGACAUUUUUAUGAAAUAUCAUGGAGUAGAAAAAAUUCCAAUUAUGAAUUUCAGAGGAAACAGGUUUAAUGUUUCUUUUCAUAAUGCAGCAGGUACAUUUUUUAUCCAUAAACUUUUAUUACAAUAUAUGUUCUCUAUGAAAAGUUCAUACUCUUUUUUACAGAAUUUCAUUGUUUUAUCUCUGCAAAAUAAGGUUAUUUUAUGUCUUUUAAGAGCUUUAGGAAUUUUAUGCAAAUUAAUUACAGAGCCUUACUUUGCAAAGGCGUCAGAAGUUGGGACAUUAUUAGAUAUGGGUUCUGUAUAUCAGAGACUUUUAUUUGUUUUGAAUAUGUAUUAUGAAAAUCCAUUACUGGCUCUAAAACAAGAGUUAAGAUUAUUUUAUGGACCACAGUUUUAUGACAAUGUUUCAGACUUUUUAUUUGAUUGUUGUUUACACAACGAUCUAACCGCUGUAUUUUUAAAAAGAUUUUGUGGUGUUUUUAAAACAAAAGUUGAGAAAAUUUUUAAUGACUUUUUGUCAGGUGGUAAAUAUUUUAAUGUAACUCAAGAUAUUUUAGAAGAAUGUUCCUCAUGCGUUACAAACAAUAUUUGUGUAGAAAGACUGUUUGGAAAGUUAGAUUAUAAUUUAAAAGCAGGCCCAACAACCAAUAUAAAUACAAUUGAAAGUGUGAUGAUUUUUAAUGACAAUGAUACAAAGGAAUGGCUAGAGGAGAAAGAUGAAAGUGAACUAAAAUUAAUAGUCGAAAAUGCUCGGAAGGAAAACCGAAAGUUCAUGGCCUUACAGAAGGAAAGAAAAGACAUAUUAUUUCAACAACAUAUACAAGGUUUGAAGGAGAAAGAAGAGGAGACAAAGAAGAAGAAAGAGAGACAGACAGAGGGUGUAGACAAAGCUUUAGAGGAUAUGAGGAAGCAAGGAAUUUGGGAAAACAAGGAUAUGAUUGAGAAUGAAAUUGAAAAGUUGAAAACAAAGAAGGAGAAACUAUCUGCUCUUAAAACUCAGAUAAAUAUGUAUAAAAAAGUUUUUAAAAUUAGCAAAGAGCACAAACAUUUAUGCCAGUAUUCGAGCAAGGGCAAACAAUUUGAUAUUAUACAACUGAAAAAUAAUUUAUUACAACUCCUGAAUAUACGACAAACAUGUGUUAAUGUGAUUCCUAGUGACCUUGUGGGGAAAGAAAUAAUACACACAUGGACUAAUAGUGAUGGGGGGAACUCUGAUUGGGAAGGACAGAUUUUAAGUUAUAAGGAUGGAGUUUUUAAACAUGUCACAUGUCAGUAA